AUGUCCACAGAGCCUGUCACAAGGGUUGCUAUUGUUGGAGCUACCGGCCGCAUCGGUGGAGCCUUUGCUAAGUCGCUUGUGGAAACAGGCCGGCAUACAGUCACAGCUCUUACCCGCCACGGUAGCCAAGGAAAACUCCCCGAUGGAGUUCUUGCUGCUCAGGUUAACUACGACGAUGACGACUCACUUGUCAAGGCCUUGAAUGGCCAACAAUUCCUUGUGAUUACACUUGGCGUCCGAGCCCCUGGUGAUCUUCAUGCUAGGAUUACUGCAGCUGCCGGAAAAGCUGGUGUCCCCUACAUUAUGCCCAAUGCGUACGGAUACCCUAUCAAUCCCGAGGGUGUGAAGGAUGAAGAUCCAUACGGAAAGCUCGCUCUCGAUCGAAUCCAUGACGCUCAAAAUGGUGUCUCGUCCUCAGUGACUCUGCCAUGUGGUUUCUGGUACGAAUGGAGCUUGGCAACCGGAGAACAAUGGUUUGGCUUCACUAUCAAAGACCGGAAGGUGACAUUUUUCGAUGACGGCACUCGCAUCGUCACCGUCAGCACUUGGGACCAAUGCGGUCGCGCGCUGGCCGCUCUCCUCAGCCUGCCAGAAUCGGGACCAACCCCUGCGCUUGCCGACUUCAAGAACAAGGAAGUCCGAAUCAAUAGUUUCCGCGUCUCGCAACGCGAUAUGCUCGAUAGUUUGCAUCGUGUCCUAGGCACCACAGACUCUGACUGGGAGAUUAGUUACGAGAGUGUGGCUAAGCGCCUUGCCGACGGUGCCGAGGAGCUGGCUAAGGGUGUUUUUACAGGGUUGCCUAAAAUGCUUUAUGGGAGUGUGUUUUUGCCAAGCAACAAGGAAGCUGAUUUUGCAGGUACAAUGGAGUUGGCAAAUGAUACAUUGGGCCUACCUAAAGAGGAUUUGGAUGAAGCGACUAAGAGGGCGGUCGAUAUGGUGGCUGCGGGAUGGAAUCCCUUUGCUGGGGUAUAA